AUGUCCAAGGACGAUCAGCAGCAGCCUGUUCAGGCAGAGACCAAUGGCAACAAGAACCCCCUCCCACUACCAGCCCCAGGCUCAGACACCGCCGCCUCCUCCAGCAGCAGCAGGGGGGAUGGCGUGACGGAGCUACGUGUUGGAGAGUCCGUCGCGCUCGACUCGAUGGGGCCCCUCGUGGUCAACAGAGAUGGAACCAUGGGCAGGAUUGGAAACUGGGCGGGCAUGACGGAGCACGAAAAGGCACAGACGUUGAGGUUGUUGGGAAAGAGGAAUAAGGAGCGGCUGGGAGUUAUUAAAGCGAAGAAGGCGGCAGAGGAGGAGCAGAAGUGA